AUGUUAGAAUAAAUUGAUGAGUCCAUAGAUAUUUCAAUAAACUUGAAAUCUCUUCAACAAUCUAGUAAAUUCAAUAUUAUCCAAAGAUCGGAAUCCUGAACCAAAAAUAAGUUUACUUAAAUUACCCAAAACAAAAACUACUUCAAAAUUAAUCACCAUUUUUUGGUAUAACUAAUUUGAGGAUAAAACUUAUGAAUUCUCCUCAAAUUUUAAUGAAACUUUAACUUUGGGAGAUAUAAGUAAUUGGCUCACCAUCAAAUGGAAAGAAACAAAUCUACCAUAAAUUGACGCAUAAUCAACUUAAUUUUAUUUACCUAAGAAAAAGUUCGGAAAACCUAAUGAAGAUUUUCCAUGUAUUUUAAUAAUAAUAAUUGUAAUUAGCUUUUAGGAAUGAACUUUCCCUAAAGGAUUGCAAUUAAUGCACUUUUGCUCUCAAAGUUAAAUUUAUAACUCGCAAUUCUAUACCUUCAAAAAAAAAGGAGUUUCAAAUAUCUUAUAAUAAUUCUCUAUAGAAAGAAUAGCGCUUUGAAAUCACUGUUUCAAAGAAGAAAAAAUAAAACAACUAAUUAUUUUGUUUUUGCUAUAGUGGUGAAUGA